AUGUGGUUCGGUCUGGGACUGAUCAGUGUGUUUGAGCUCGUUGGAGGCACAAUUGGUGUCGAAAAGCUUGUGCUAUCCGUACUUAAAGUUGUGGAGGAUCUCAGAGCGCUUGAGCUAGUCGAAGUACUAGGCAAUGUACUCGAUAUACUCAGAGUACUCGAUGUAUUUGAAGAACUUGACGUGCUUGAUGUACUUGAAGUACUCAAUGUACUCGACGUACUUGAAGAGCUUGAUGUACUCGACGUGCUUGAAGAGCUUGGCAUGCUCAAUUCACUCGACGUACUUGAAGAGCUUGAUGUACUCGACGUGCUUGAAGAGCUUGAUGUACUUGACGUACUUGAAGAACUUGACGUGCUCGACGUGCUUGAAGUACUUGGCGUGCUCAAUUCACUCGACGUGCUCGACGUACUUGACGUACUCGACGUACUCGACGUCGUGGUCGAGCUUGUAGUAGGCGUAGUAGGUGUUGUUGAGGUAGUAGUACAUGUCGUAGAUUUAGUGGUAGACUUGCUUGAGGUCGUAGAUGUCGUUUUAGAGGUGGUCGAACUUGACGUACUCGAGGUGGUUGAGCUUGUAGUUUUCGAUGUGCUAGACGUACUAGUGAUCUUAGAGGUAGAGGUAGUCGUAGUUUGA